UCCCGACGCCGCCGCCGCCGCCACCGCCUCCCCUCUGCCUCCCGGUCUCUCUACGCUCUCCUUCCAUCGCCUUAGCCCCCUCUCCCUCCGUCCCGUUCUCUCCGCUCCCCUCACCCCGCCUCUCUCCCCCUCCCCCAGCCCCUCCUCUCCUCACCCCACCCUGCCUCCCUCCCUCCCUCCCUCCGCCCGCCGGCCCGGCGCUCGCAGAGCCGACACCAGGGGGGCUCUCGAUGUAGCACCAUGACAGGCAUCGCCGCCGCCUCCUUCUUCUCCAAUACCUGCCGAUUCGGGGGCUGCGGACUCCACUUCCCCACCCUGGCCGACCUCAUCGAGCACAUCGAGGACAACCACAUCGAUACAGAUCCACGUGUUUUAGAAAAACAAGAAUUACAGCAGCCAACCUAUGUUGCCCUCAGUUACAUUAAUAGAUUCAUGACAGAUGCUGCCCGCCGAGAGCAGGAGUCCCUGAAGAAGAAGAUUCAGCCGAAGCUCUCGCUGACCUUGUCCAGCUCAGUGUCUCGAGGGAAUGUGUCCACUCCACCACGCCACAGCAGUGGAAGCCUUACCCCUCCUGUGACCCCGCCCAUCACCCCCUCCUCUUCGUUCCGCAGCAGCACCCCAACGGGCAGCGAGUACGACGAGGAGGAGGUCGACUACGAGGAGUCGGACAGCGAUGAGUCCUGGACCACGGAGAGCGCCAUAAGCUCCGAAGCCAUCCUCAGCUCGAUGUGCAUGAACGGAGGGGAAGAGAAGCCUUUUGCCUGCCCGGUUCCUGGAUGUAAAAAGAGAUACAAGAAUGUGAAUGGCAUAAAGUACCACGCUAAGAAUGGUCACAGAACACAGAUCCGCGUCCGCAAACCAUUCAAAUGUCGUUGUGGUAAGAGUUACAAGACAGCUCAGGGCCUGCGGCACCACACAAUCAAUUUCCACCCCCCGGUGUCGGCUGAGAUUAUCAGGAAGAUGCAGCAAUAACAUGCUGGUCCCCAACUGUGCCAAGAAACCCUCACCAGCAGUUGCUGAUUUUGAAAACAGCCACCUUUUUGCAGGGGAAGCAUUCAGCAACCCUUUAAAGAAUUAAAUGCAUGCUUUAAAACUUUUCUGUAAUUUUGGAAUGAUGUAUCUUUGUAGAGUUAAUGAUUUUGUACAUUUGCACAUGUCAUCAUCAUACCCAUUUUCAUUACUUUGAUAUAAGGUGCUAAACAGAAAAAGCUCUAGGUUCUUCAGCACAUUUCCCCCAAAAGAAAAUAAGAUUGAGGGCAUGUUGCAUAUUAUUAGGUUGUAUUGCAGUGAUAUCAACUGGGGGGAGGAGGGGCUGGCACUGAGAUUUUUUUUUUUCCCCCAAGAUUGUAAUGUGAUUGAAGUUUUUCAACACAUCAACUCACUAUGUUCAAAACCAAAAUAAUACCUUCAUUAUCAAACUGGUUACCAUGCCUUACAUAAUGGAGUUAGUAUUUGUGAGUAGAAAGACUUUAGGUAAUGGAAAUAUAAAUAAGAAUGUUUAACAUAAUAUGCUAAAAGUAUUUUCAUAUUUAAAUAACAUACGUAAAAGGUGUGCUUUCUGUGUUUUAUAUUAUCUUGCAAAUCCUUCUGCCCCUUAAAAAGCUGAAAAUCUUGCCAUCUGACUUACCAAUCAUUUGUGUUAUAAAUGGCAUUUUUGUACAAAAUAGUCUAUUCAGUUCACUCAUUAAUUUCACACACAUUCAUGGAGUGCCUGCUGGGUGCAAGGGAUUCAGUUUAUGCCUGUUGAUAUUUGUGGACCAAGAUACCAGUUUAGUGAAAUACUUUUCCCUGAAAUCUGUUAGAAAACACUUUGAAAUACUUAAGUGCAAAUUUUUGUGUGUGAAAUUUAGUUCUAUCUUCAUCUUUAGGUGAAGUUUUAAAGCACUUUGUAGUUCUCUAUUGCCAACAGAUUUAAUGUUUUAUGUGUUGCCAAUUCUUGCAACCACUGCCCUAACAAACCUAUGGGUUGCAAAUAAGAAAAUUACAAGCACGUUUCAAAGAGAACAUUUUUGUUAAGAUCCCCCCACGCCACCCCCCAACUGCCUCUUCUUCACGCUCAUUGUGUUUUUAGACAUUUUUUUUUAAGGCACUUUUCCCAUCACAUUGUAGAGGUCUGUAUUCCCAUUGGCAACGUCUGUUUAGCUUUAUAAAACAUUUUGCCGAAACACGAAAUUGAGCCUUAUUGACAAUUAAGUGCUUCUUGUGGCAGGUGGUCAGAGAGUGACUAAUAUGACCCAUUAGAGUGACCUACGUCUGGACCAUUCCUGAAGUUUUUCUCACCAACAAUACCAUCAUGCCUUGAGUGUUCUUUUCUCCCAAGUGCUAUUCCUUAAACAUGCAAGAGUUUACCAACUGCCUCAUUAUGCAAUAAAAAUUGCUCUGAGAUGGCUAACUGCCCACAAAACUGGUGAAAAGCAAACUCGAACUGCUUACAAAAUUAACUUUCCAUGUUCCCAUUUGAUGAAAGUCUUACAGCUGGGAAGCAGGUGUCCCUCCUCAAUUCUUCACACAGUCUGAAAGGAUGACUGGCCAGAUGGGUAAGCUUCUAUAUUCUUCAGUUGUCGAUCUCUCAUAAUGAGGGAUUUUAAAGUAUUUCUAAAGACACUGCCCUCGAAAAAUUUCCUCAGAUCUCUGAAGAGUGGUCUUGGUCCUGAAUAUACAGUGUUCUAGGUUGAAAAAGGGUGAUCCAGACAAUGAGAAGCAACUAGUUGGUGCAUAAGAAGGCCCUGCUUGGAUACUUCAUAUCUACCUAUAAUUGACCAAAAUUUUUUUAGGCCAGCAAUCAUUAUUUAGCUUUGCUCCUUCUAGUGCAAGAAAUGUAGGCUGGAUCAGUAGUUCAACAGCUAAACAGUCAUAAAAUAGUCAUUGUGCAUGUUAAAUUUCUUUCAACUAUAAAACAAAUUCAAUUUCUAUUUACUUAUUCCUUGUGACAGUAUUACUAAACAGGUAAGGAUGGGAAUAUUUUGUUAUACCGUGUAUAGUGAAUGUAUCGUACUGUGUCUGUGAAAACUGUGCUUUAAAUUAUAUUUUCAUAUGUUUUGUUGGGGACAGAGCACAUUAAGUUUGAAAGCAACAGAGGUUUGUUUUAGAACUGAAGGCAACUUAAUCAAAAUUGCUGUCAAGAAAAGCUGCUUAUAAAUGUAAAUGAAAUCAUUUAAAAUAAACUGCCUCUGACCCAAAACAAA